AUGGACUCCCCAACCCCCACCCAACUCGAGGAGGAACUCGACUCUGACAUUGCCUCUAUUCGCCGCGAACUUCGCGCCCUCAAACGGCGCAAAACCCUCCUCGCGUCCAGCCUCCUCUCCUCCUCCACCCUUCAAACCCACCUCCGCCGACAAUCCUCCUCCCGGACUCUCGCUCUCACCUCCCUCGACGCAGACGUCUCCCCCCUCGUCCAAUCCGCCAACGCCCACACCCACACCAACCACCACCGCAUCGCAUUCUCCGCAACCGCCUUCCCAUUCCAAGACCCCAACCCAAGCAUCACCACCAGCAAAUCCUCCCGCAACCUCCUCGGUAUCCGCCUCGACAUCUGUGCGCGCAACGGCCGCUUCCCCAAACCCCACUACAUCCUCCUCCGCCACGUCCCCAGCAAAGGGGAAGGAAAACGGCUUCUCCGCAUCCACCGCCACACCAUCCCGCCCUUCAUCCCUCUCGACCAGCUCGAGCGCGUCUACCUCGCUUCCUCCUUCACAGCUCGCUUAGACCAUGACGCCCCGGUGAAACACGCCCCGCCCGCGAGGCAGGACCUCCGCGGCCUAGUGCGUGAAGUCCGCGCCCAGCUCGUCGCGUGGCAGCUGCGACUCGACGCGAUCGCCAUGCUCCGCGAGCAGAUUGGGACCGUGCGCCGCGACGCGCCGGAAUACGGCGAUGGCGACUCCGACGCCCAGGGGAUGUGGGAGCGGGAUGUAUGGUGCGAGGAUGAUGGCGCGAUGACCCGGUUAGUCGGUAACAAACUUGGCAUCGUGGCGCUGUCGCCUACCGCGCGGGAUGCGACGUACGUGCGGAUGGCGUGGGCGGAUGGCCGCGUGGGGCGGUUCAAGAUCUCGUCGCGGGGGAUGAUUGACCGCGCGGUGGUGAUUGGGGAUCAGGGGAGGGAUAAGGCGAUGGAAUGUGUGUUGACGGGGAGAGUGGAGGGGUUGUUGGCGAGGGCUUCGGACAUGCUGGGCUCAACAACCACGCCGCCAGGCAAGAUGACUGAUAGGAAGACGCCCUCGGGAUGA